AUGGCUGCUGUUCCAAUAGAAUUAACCGAUGAUGGAAAUAGAAGAUUUAAUUUGAUUACGAGAAAUUUACAAGAAAUUCUUGGUAGCGAUAAAAUUAAAACUCAAAUAGCAAAUGGAAAGAAUAUGCAUUUGUAUUGGGGUACAGCAACGACUGGAAGACCUCAUGUUGGUUAUAUGGUACCUAUUCGAAAAGUGGCUGAUUUUCUUCAAGCUGGCGUUAAAGUGACAAUUCUUUUUGCCGAUCUUCAUGCGUUUCUUGAUAAUUUAAAAUCUACUUUUGAAGUUUUGGAAUAUAGAACAAAAUAUUAUGAAAUUAUUAUAAGAUCUUUGAUGAAAGCUUUGGAUGUUCCUGUUGAAAAUCUUACUUUUGUACGUGGAUCAUCUUAUCAAUUGACGGAAGCUUAUACAACUGAUGUUUUAAAAUUAUGUGGGCAAGUUUCGCAAAGAGAUGCUUUAAGAGCUGGUGCUGAAGUUGUAAAACAAGUUGAUAGUCCUUUAUUAAGUGGUUUAUUAUAUCCAUUACUUCAAGCUUUAGAUGAACCAUACCUUAAAGUUGAUGGUCAAUUUGGUGGUGUUGAUCAAAGAAAAAUUUUUAUUCUUGCUGAGGAACAAUUACCUAAAUUGAAACUUGGAAAAAGAUGGCAUCUGAUGAAUCCAAUGGUACCUGGAUUACACGGAUCAAAAAUGAGUGCUAGUGUUGCUGAUUCAAAAAUUGAUCUUUUUGACAGUCCUAGUGAUGUUACAAAAAAAAUUGAUUCAGCAAUAUGUCCUAAAAAUAGUGAUGAAAAUGGUAUUCUAGCUUUAUACAAACAUGUUGUUUUACCUAUUAUACUACCAACAGAUCUUGUUCUCGAUGAAAUUAUUAUUGAUAGUUAUGAAACACUAGAAAAUGCUUUCAAUAAUGAUUCUAUUUCAGAAACAACAUUAAAAACUUAUUUUAAAGUAUUUAUUAACGAACUUUUGGGAAAUAUUCAAACCUAUGCUAAGAUGGAUGGUGGUGAAGAUUUUGAAGAACUUAUGAAAAAAGCUUAUCCAGAAUCUAUUGAUACUACAGUAAAUAAAAUUGUUUUUGAAGAAACAAAGGAUAGUGUUAUUUCUAAAGAAAAUUUAUUUUCUGUGGCGAAAUUAUUUAAUGACACUGUUAUUUUUGAAUCACCAAUUUCUACAGAGAAACGUGUGUGUUUCCGUGUCUCUCCUAAAGGUCGUGUUCAUUUGGGACAUAUAUUAGGUUUAUAUAGACUUAAAAAAUUAAUCUCUAUGGGUUUUGAUUGUUCUAUUUUAAUAUCUGACUUGGAUGCUUUUCUAGAUAAUGAGAAAUGUCAAUGGAAAGCAUUAGAAGGACGAACAAACUAUUAUAUUGAAAUGUUUACACAAUUUAUAUCAGUUAUUGGUGGAUUAGAGAAAGUAAAAAUUUUAAAAAGUAAUGAAAAACAAUUUAAACACGAAUAUACAUUGGAUAUGUAUAAAAUGGCAUCUAAAAUUACAAGAGAUGAUUCAUCUAUUGUUCCUGGAAAUACACUAGCUACUCAUCUUAUACCAUUAUAUUAUGCUUUGGAUAUUCAUUAUAAUAAAUUUGAUAUUUCAAUUGUGUCAUCAGAGGAUAGAUUAUUGGCAGAGACAUCAACCAAGUUAUUGUCAUCUUUGGGAUAUAAAACAUGUUCUCAUAUAUUGAUGGAACCACUACCUGGAAUGAAUGGUACAAAAAUGAGUUCUUCAGCUAUUGAAUUUGCACUGGAUCCAUUAGAUACAGCUAAACAAAUUAAAACUAAAAUAGGAAAAAGUUUUUGUGAACCUGGUAAUAUUAAUAAAUGUAAUGUUGCAUUACAACUUUGUAAACAUAUUUUUUUUGGAGAUGGUUCUGAUGAUGAACACAAAUUUAAUAUAGAAAGAUCUGAUGAAAAUGGAGGAAACAUUACAUUAACAAGUUAUGAUGAUUUGGUUGACACUUUUGCCAAAGAAUUAUUACAUCCUGCCGACUUGAAAGCUACAAUUACCAAAAUAAUUAAUGAUAUAUUCGAUCCUAUUAGAAAAGCUGUCAGUCAAAAACAAACUAAAAUGAUUAAGGAAGCAUUUCCUCCAGUGACAGGCGGAAAGAAAAAGUAA